AUGGAGGAGGAAACCCAAGGAGUGACGGUGGAGAAGGCGGAUCUUAAUAAUGGAGCAGAUGAAACUAUGGAAGAACUCGGUCUGAUUGAGAAGUUGAUGUCCCAUAAAGAUCCGAAUAUUACAGUGUUGACGAAGGUCAUGGGUCAGGCUUGGAAUACAAAGAAGGCUUUUGAGAUGCAUUGGGUUGAAGAGAAGAUCUACACAGUGCAAUUCAAAUGUUUUGGGGACACGAAGCGGGUCCUCUAUGGGGGCACUUCGCAUUUUGACCAUCAGCCAUUCAUGAUCCGAACAAUCGACAGAGAUAAAAAAAAACCAGCGGAGUUGGAGUUUCAACAGUUGGAGAUAUGGGUUAGAGUUAAAAAGAUUGCUCGCAGCAUAAGGACGACAACAAUGGCGGAGAAAAUUGGUAACUUAAUGGGGAUCUUCCUCAUCUUUGAUGAGUACAGAUCGGGAGUGUGGAGGACGUCGAUGCGAUUGCGGGUGAAGAUCGAUGUGUCUAAGCCACUACAACGGGGAGUUCUUCUAGAAAACAAAGGGGAGAAAACAUGGCAUAGAAUGACUUAUGAAAAACUCCCAGUUUUCUGCUACAACUGUGGUCUCUUAGGCAAUCCGCAACGAGUUUGCCCAAAUUCAAAAGAAAGGAUGAAGAAGGAUUGGAUGACCAGUAUGGGAAGUGGGUACAUGAGUCGUUCCGAAUCUCACAAUUAA